GGUGGGAGGGGCCGGAGGGCGUUGGUCCAGAAACUUUAGCUCCUCUUUAACUCUCGGAGCAGGACAAUUUUGAGCAGAGAGAUUCAGAAGGACAUACGGAGAAACUGCUGCCGCUGUUAAAAAGUCACCAUGUUGGUUCUCCUGGCUGGAAUCUUUGUCCUCCACAUCACCACUGUCAUCCUCUUACUCGCUGCCACCAUUGAGAAUGCUUGGUGGGUGACGAACGGUAUGUCCACUGAUAUUUGGGCUCGCUGGAUUUGGACUGGUUCUAACUGGAACUACACAGAUCUACCCAGAGCUUACCCUGCAGAGUACCUGCAGGCAGUACAGGCGAGCUCCGUGCUGGCGUGUGUGUUCUCUGGCAUCGGUAUCUUUGUUUUCGUGGCUCAGCUCUUCACACUGCCCAAAGGAAAGCGUUUCACUUUCUCCGGAAUCUUCCAGCUACUGGCCUGUUUGUGUAUUAUGAUUGCUGCCUCUAUCUACACGGAUACUUUCCAUAAAAAAGAGAGCGAGGGCCAGUAUGGACCAUCCUUCAUCCUUGCCUGGAUUUCCUUUGCCCUCACCUUUAUCUCUUGUGUCAUCUACUUCAUCCUGCGCAAGAAGACCACCUGAAGAAUGCACAUUGAAAAGCACAAGAAAAGCCCAACAAACUCUUACAAACACACACAUCUGUUAAUGUGUGACUCUAUUCUCACAUCAGGAUCUUAACCACUUAACCUGCAGGCUUAUUAUUCAGUAAAUACUACAAAACUAAUAUGUAAGUUGUGUAGUUACAAGAGAGUACUGUCCAAGCUCCGCCUACAAAUUCAAUCUUUGGUAGCUACUGUUGUGAGGUUGGACAAGCUUUACAGAAUGAUGGGAAAACCCAUUUUUUACAAAAGACAGAAGCAAACUUCAUCAUAGUCGCUCUAUAACACUGAGUCGCUCUAUAACAUACAAAGCAAAAUGUUUGAAAUUAAUAACACUAAAUGUAGGUAUUGUGGCUUGUGUGUUACAGUUUCUCAUGAGUUUGAACAAGAUUUGAGGUUGAACAGAAUAAAUUCUGUUCUGUAAAGCUUGUCCAAUCUAGCAACACUAGCUACAAAACAACAACUUGUGGGCAGAGCUUAGACAGAAUAAUUGAAGUGUGAGCUCAAACAAGAGCCUUUAGGGCAUAAAGGGUUAAAAAGCCAAAGAUGCUGUGAGUGUAAUGGUAUGGGUGUGUUUGCUGGUGUUUGUGGGGCAGUUUUCAGGUCAUAAAUGUUUAUAACCAGUUCUUGUAGAGGCUUCUGGGGAGGACAUGAGAGGUUUUUAGUUCUUCCAUCAUUAAUGUGUUACUGUAUAAAGUGACUUCUAACAGUAUGUGCAAAUGAACAGUUCCUUACUGUUACGACCUAAACAAUGAAAGAGAAAUCAACAUGACAUGUGGAGACCUGCACCAUGGCUGCCAUUUUCAGGGCGAAUGUGUGUAAAUGUAUCAAUGUUAUUUAGGGUCAUGUGUGUAUUAUUGCAAACAGUGUGUGUCUUUAGAGUUACACAUGAGUUGUGAGUCCUGGCACUAACUGGAACAUGUUUGGUUAAAUGUGGGUGGAGUUGGAAUUGGGGGCUGAAUGAAUGCUUUUUUUAUUUAGCACAAAACUAUGAAUGAUUAGUUAUUUUAUUUUUGUUAAAGUAUCUCUUUUAUGCAACAGAAAAAUUUGUAUUAAAGUUUAAUUAACUCACACAAUGGA